CCUAUUUUGGAAAUGAUUUUCUAUUCAACGCUAUUAUACAAAUCUGUGGAAAACGGAAUAUAAAUUAAUUUAACCAGUACGGACAUCGUAGAAUAUUGAUUUAAUUAUUGUAUAGUUUUCUCACAAAAUGUCUCUUCUGGAUGGUGGUUAUAUUGAUUGUAGGCGUCAGACUGGCGGACAGAAAAUAAUAUUUGAUAGCGUCUACAGCAAACGAAAUGUUCAUCAUAUAUGGGAAGGAUGGAGUUUUGUUGUACUUGGAGUGUUAAUACUAUUGGGUUAUGGUUGUCAGUAUAAUUUGCAUGACAACUUACCAAAAGCUCUUGGAAACUCAGACCUUUUAUACAAUCCACAUUCAUUUAUUGCUGAAAGAGCAUGGAAAGAUUUAAAAAUUUUAACAAACUUUGGACCACGUGCGGUUGGUACUUACAGCAAUGAAGUGUUAGCGGUCGAUUUUCUGAAGCGAGAAAUAUCAUAUAUCAAGCAAUUAGCACAUACAAAUCAACGGAUUGAAUUAGAUGUACAGGUGGUGAGUGGUACAUAUUGGACCGGUUUUAAACCAUAUGGAAUGACGACUAUGUAUCGUAAUGUUCAGAAUGUUGUAGUAAAAUUACAUGGAGAAUAUAAAUCGAACGAGCGACACCAAAAUGGUAAUUCAAAUGAUAAAGCUUUGCUACUAAAUUGCCAUUUUGAUACGGUACCUGGUAGUCCCGGAGCAAGUGACGAUGCUGCUAGUUGUGUUGUAAUGAUGGAAAUACUAAGAGUUUUAUCACGCAGCGAAAAACGUCUAAAACAUUCAAUAGUUUUUUUAUUUAAUGGGGCAGAAGAGACUGGUCUUCAGGCAUCUCAUGGUUUCAUAACAAAGCACAAAUGGGCAUCGGAAAUUAAAGCUUUUAUUAAUCUGGAGUCUGUGGGAUCUGGAGGAAAAGAACUUCUUUUUCAAAACAAUAGAAAUAAUUCAUGGCUCAUACAGAUGUACGCAAAUUCAGCACCGUAUCCAAGUGCUCAAGUAGCUGCAGAAGAAAUUUUUGAUUCGGGGCUCAUCCCCUCUGACACAGACUACAGAAUUUUUUCUAAUUUUGGUGGUUUACCAGGACUUGAUUUUGCCUACAUCAUUAAUGGACAUCGUUAUCAUACAAAAUAUGAUUCAUUAGAUUAUUUGCCAAAUGGUAGCAUUCAACAUACAGGAUGCAAUAUAUUGGAGCUAACGAAAACUUUAGCCGAUACAGACGAACUAGGAAUUGUCCAACCUGAAUAUGAUGGAUCCUCUGUUUAUUAUGACAUAUUUGGAAUUUACUUCGUCACAUAUUCUGGAGAUUUUGCAACCGUUUUUAAUUACAUAAUUGUAAUUUGUUCAGUUUUAUUGCCGUAUAUCAUCUUGUCGAGAGCCACCAAGGGAAUAAAUAAAAAACAUCUAAGAUACGAAAUAUUUUUAGGCUUUCUUAUUAAAACUAUCAGUUUAGUAACGUCAUGUGCCUGCUGCUAUGCUAUUGCAUAUGAUCUGGAUGUGAUGGGAAAACCAAUGACAUGGUAUUCCAAUACGUUUUUGUGUAUUCCAACCUAUUGCUUACUUACAGUCUUUGUACAAAGUGUAGCCCACUUAAUUUUUAAUCGUAAUCAAAAGGUUUUCUUUGAACAGACGCCACUAAGUUUGGCAUUACAAACCCAAGCUCGUUUGAUAGGGACCAGCUUUUUUUGGGGCAUACUUUCUGCUGCAUUAACAGGAGCUGGUAUACGAACUGCAUAUGCUCUAGUUGUGCCUCUUCUAAUAACAUUAUUGACUAAUUUAAUAAUUGGAUUGUUGAAGUUUGAAAACACCAUUCGACGUUGGUUAUACGCACAUUUAGCUGGACAAGUACUGGUUGCUUUGUGGACUUUAAACUUUUAUAAUAUGGUUGUGGAUGUUUUUAUUUCGACAUCUGGCAGAUCUGGUGGGAAAAAAAAUCCGGAUGUUAUGGUUGCCAUAAUUUGCAGUGCAUUUACAUUUUUUACAACCAGUUAUUUGACUCCGCUGGUUAUUCUCUUCAAAAAAUGCAAAAAUUUUCUUGUUAUACUUUUCGCCACCUACAUUAUAACACGAUUUUACUUUAUUUCCUUUACACACUAUGGUUUCCCAUAUAGAGAUGAUAAGAGUGGUGAUCCCAGAGUUCAAAGACAUUAUAUAACGCAUUCCAUAAGGACAUUGUACGAUAAAGAAGGAAACAUUCGAUAUACAGAUUCCGGAUUUUGGUUUUUAGAAAUGGAUCGGAAUGCACGCAAAACUAUUGAAAGUUUAACAAUGCCCGAAGAGCCAAUACCGCAGGAUGCAAAUAUUCUUUGUAAAAGUGAGGUUUUUUGUGGACUACCGUUGCUUUCUGUGCGCCAAUUAAUACCAGGUGGAUUUUGGGUUCCUGGACCAGCGCCGGUUGUUCGAGAAAUUGGACAUCUUACACUAGUUUUGCAUGAAAAACUAACUGCAAGUCGGCAUCGAUUGCAUUUUAUGAUAACUGGAAGUUAUUUGAUGUCUUUAAAAGUUCGCCCAAAGGAAUCGGUGACACUUGAAAGUUGGAAUUUAACACCGCGUUUGCCACCUGAGACAGUUUUUAACAAACAGAAAUGCUAUUUUGUCAUGAUUACACAUGGAUUGGAACAUGAAGCUAUCAAUAUAACAUUGACACUUAAGACUGCUGAAGAAGAUUUUAAGCGUUCUCUACUUGAUGUAACAUUGGUUACCACGCAUUUUGAGCACCAUAAGGAGCACACAUCCAUAUUCGCAAAUAUACUGAGUAAACUGCCAAGCUGGGCAUAUGCAGUGCCAUCGGUGGCUUCCCUUAAAUCAUGGACUUUUUAAAUCUAACUCGUAGUACAUAAAUAGUUAUAACUUAAACAAUUCAUUUACUUGUUUACUAUAUUCUUAUUUAUAUGCAUUAAAAUAAUUACGAAUAUUGAUCAUAAGCUUUUCAAACUUAGAGAUUUA